AUGUCUAAACGUGGACGUACAGGUCAGCAAGGCACAAAGUUCGCCAUGACAGCAGGUCUUCCAGUUGGCGCCGUUAUCAACUGCUGCGACAACUCUGGAGCCAAGAAUAUGUUCAUCAUUUCCGUUCGUGGCCACAAGGGUCGUCUUAACCGCCUUCCAGCUGCUUCAGUCUCAGAUCUUAUCGUUGUUACAUGCAAGAAGGGUAAACCAGCUCUCCGUAAGAAAGUUUCCAUGGGCGUUGUUGUUCGCCAGCGUGCUAUCUGGCGCCGUAAGGAUGGCGUCGUCAUCGGCUUCCAGGAUAACGCCGGUGUUAUCAUCAAUGAUAAGGGUGAAAUGAAGGGCUCUGCUAUCACAGGUCCAGUUGCUAAGGAAGCUGCUGAGCUUUGGCCAAAGGUCGCUUCUGUCGCCCCAGCCGUUUUCUAA